GAGUGUCAGUUUCUGCGCCGCCGCCUGCGGUCUCCCGGCUGCGGGCUGCCGGCCGUCCCGAGUCUCCGUCCCCGCCGCAGCCGCAGCCGCCGCCGCCGCCGCCGCCGCGGGCCCGCGCACCGCUCCGCGCGCCCGGCCCUGCCGAGCAGGCGCGGGCCGCGGGUCCCAGCGGCCGCUGCCCGGCGCGCAGAUGGCGCACUCGGCGGCCGCCGCGCCGCUGGGCGCGCUGGAGCAGGGCUGCCCCAUCCGCGUGGAGCACGACCGCCGGCGCCGCCAGUUCACCGUCCGGCUCAACGGAUGUCACGACCGGGCCGUCCUGCUGUAUGAGUACGUGGGCAAGCGGAUCGUGGACCUACAGCACACGGAGGUCCCCGACGCCUACCGCGGGCGCGGCAUUGCCAAGCACCUCGCCAAGGCCGCUCUGGACUUCGUAGUGGAGGAGGACCUGCGGGCCCAUCUCACGUGCUGGUACAUCCAGAAAUACGUCAAGGAGAACCCCCUGCCGCAGUACCUGGAGCGCCUGCAGCCAUAACCCCGGCCCCGCAGGGCGGGAGCCCUCCAUGCCAGACCUCUCCUCACGGCCUUCGCCCUGGCCCUCCGCGUGCUCUCAGGAAACCCGCCCCCGCCCGGGGGGACAGACUCAGAGUUAUUUUUGUAAGGACACUCACCUGUGGCCCCUGGAGGCCGCUGGCCGAGGAUGGGCAGUGGUCCAGCUACCCCGGUAAAGGGGAGGCCGGGCAGCCGAGGGUCCGGCCGCUCCCCCUCCUCAGAUGCUGGCUGGCUUCUCAGAAGGCCACCCGGGCCGUUUGCGGGCAGGCCUGCGAGGGCCUGCCGCCAGGACCGGAGUGUGCUCAGGGGCGUCCCGUGGCCAGUCUGGCUCCCCCCUGCUGUUCCCAGCUCUGUGAUUGGCAGUAGGGCCAAUUUGGGGCCCCGUCUGCCGCCGCCUACGUCUGUGUCCUUUCUGCAGAUGAGGAGGGUGUCCCCCCGAGUGGAGAGGUGCAAUAAGAAACCUCGUGUGCCAACUUCCCGGGGGCGUAGCACCGAGCCACGGCUGCCACCAGCACUGCCCCUUCUCUUCCUCCAGCUCGUGUGCCCUGGCGCCCGGGGGGCAGGCCAGGGCGAGGGGCGAGCCUCCUUCACGUGCAGAGCCCGGAAUGGGUGCACACGUGAGCACACAUGCACACGCACACACAUGCACGCACACACACGCAUAUGCGCACACACACAGGACACUAUGUGCAGGGCUGUGCGUCAGCGGAGGGAGCGCCGGGUGUUCUCUCCGUGGUACCCGUUCCCUUCACUCCUUGCCCCCUGGCCUGUCAGCUCUGCAGGAAAUCGACACCCACCCGCUACCCGCCCCCACCCUCCGUUUGCCCCGUCUGCCUGGAGCCAGCUCCGGGUGUGGCCCGAGCAACCAAGCACUGGGAAGCCCCCCUUCACCGGCCCCUUGGCCACCCGCAGGGUGGGCUUUCUCAGAGAGGACCCUUGGGAGCUCGAAUGGGAGGGAGGCGAACUGUCCUCAAGGAACCGUCCUCAGCACCCAAUGGGAAGAAACAUUUCUGCAGAGGGAUUUCCUUCAUGGCCGCUGGAUGUCAGAGCUGCUUUUCUCUUUCUUGGCAAGCUGGUGGCCGGGCACGUUCUGUGGCCUGGCUGGAAUUCCGGGGUUCAUCCCAGACCAACUUUCCUGGCCUGGGAGGUGCACAGCAGCACCCUUUGUUCUGCCGGCCUUGUGAGCUGGUUAGAGCUCGGGGUCCUGACCUGUGCCCUACUUCCCACAAGGUCAAAUCCGUGCCCGCUCCUCUGUGGGGCUGGAGGGCGACCCUGGGGUCAGAGUCCCUCUGGGGGACUCUGAGAUGUCAGUUAACAGCACAUCUGGAGGGGUAUCCUGUCCCCUUCGGGCCUCCGACUCGGGGAGGGUUUGGGGAGGUGUGUGUGUUCGGGGUACUGGUUGCCAGGUGACCCCUCCCUUUUCUCUGACUCGCCAUGGCAUCCACUGGCCUGCGGUCGGCCUUUUCCGCUCACCUCUUCGCUUCCAGUCUCUGCACCAAGCUCACCGCUACCACCGCAGCAGCUCAGGGGCCACGUCAGACAUUUGCACAGACACCUUCUCACCCAGUGGCAGGAACGUCUAGAUCAGCAGGUGCACAGAGGCCCGACAGCCUGCCUACUGGGGGUCCCUGAGCCCCAGAGAGGCACUGCCCUUAGCAUCCCCCACCCACUCCAUGUGCCAGCCCCCAACCCCACUCUGGCCUCCAAGAAUUCCCCGAGGGCUGAGGACACCCCUCACUUUCCCACCGUGCUCCUCAGCUCUGUUUGCGAAGGGCUACCGCGAGGAGUCAGAGAAUCGCCUAGGCCUCCGCUGGGCCGGGAGUCCCUGGGCAGGAAGAACCCAGCAGGAAGUAGGCUCGGCUGCCGAGUCCCCUCCGAGGCUGGGGGUAUCGCAUCCCUGGUGCGGUUCGAGGGAAGAGCAGGCUGUAGGCCCAAGAAUGGACAGAUGGGCCAGUCCAGGAGCUGGGCCUUCUCCCUCUGACUCCUGAGGCAGUGGGGUUGGGGGUCCCCUCCCACUCCCCACCCACACAUGCCUUCCCAAGGUCAAGCACAGACUCAGUCAUGAAAACUCCUCCCCAGUAGCUCAGCAAGCUGGUGCUGCUUCCCUCCCUGGUCUGCACGGUGAUGUGGGUACCAGGAGAGUACUUGGCCCCAGGGUCCCCCCCCGGCCCAUCCACGGGAGGGUGCCCUGCAGCAGUGGCACACGGGACCCCAGGGCCUACAGGAGCAGAGAGCCAGGUGGCAUCAGGAGGGAGCAGCCCUGUUCCAGUCCCCAGUGCGUCCCAGCCCGAACCUGUGUUCUUACAGCAGGUGACGUGCCACACUGGCCAGCAUACACACAAAACACUUAGUACUUGAACCAGGAGAAAUGCAGGGUGUCGGGGGCCGUGUACAGCCCUGGGCCCAGGAACAGCUCGUCCCCAGUUCCUGCAGGAGCAACCUGGAGCCUCCUCAACUCCGGCUGCCUUAAAGGACCAUUGUCCCCACUACGGGGCCCUCAGCCUUCAGCAGAGUCUCAAAGCAACAGCCUGCUCUCUGAGGCUGGGACCCCGCGGUCUGCAGCAGACGCGGGCCCUGGAGCCCCCAGCCCACCUCCACCGGCCUGCCCCGGUGCUACUCAGUCUGUUCCAGCCUCACCCCCACCCAUCCGGGGAGUUCCAGGAGCCCUUCCUCAGGAGGCGGGUCACGCGGGCCGGUCCUCGCACCACCCUGCAGGGGCAUGGGGACGCUUAGGGAUCCCACCCGGGCCCCCCCUUCCAGCAGAUCUCCCCCAAAGGCCCCGCGCUGUCCUGCCGUGUCUCACUUUGUGGGUUUUUCUUGCCCAGUCAAAAUAGGGGGUAACUCAUGUGCCUUUCCUACUCAGGACCUGUUCCAUGUGGUGUCUGGGCCAAGGCUGGUCUCCAGACCUGCUCCCUUUUGUUAUUUUUCAAACUCCUGAACAGAUUGCAUGGCAUACAUUUCAAUAAAAGGUGUGAUGUGG